ACUCUUCUAACAAAAAUAAUUAUGCUCAAAUCUGCCUACACCGCCUUCGUCCUAGCUGUGCACUUUUCUCUCAACACCCGCACACACAUACACCCCUUCUUCAUUCCCUCAUUUUCUUCAACUCUUUUAACAGUCCCUCUCUCUGAUCUGGUUUAGCGCAUACACAAAAGGGUGUAACUCAAAAAUUAACCCUUGAAAAUUCAUAAAUUUGUGUAUCAUCAAAUGCCGAGAUUAUUUUGAGAUACAAAAGAAUUGGUUCAACGAGAUUUCUGGGUUUUUUGAGGCAUUUAAAAUGGCGGGUCAGAAUCAAGGAGGAAAUUUGGAUCAAUUUGAGUCGUUUUUUAAAAGGGCAGAUUUGGAUCAAGAUGGUCGGAUUAGUGGUGCUGAAGCCGUCGCUUUUUUUCAAGGAUCUGGUUUGAAUAAACAAGUUCUUGCCCAGAUAUGGAUGCAUGCUGAUGAGAAGCGUGCUGGUUUCCUUGGCCGUCAAGAAUUCUAUAAUGCCCUCAAGCUGGUAACAGUGGCACAGUCUAAGCGAGAAUUGACUCCAGAGAUUGUCAAGUCUGCACUGUAUGGACCAGCAUCAUCGAGGAUCCCUCCCCCACAAAUAAAUCUUCCACCCGCCCCUACAUCGCAGCCAUCUUCCGUGUCUAGUUCACCUGCAAUGCAGAUGGGUGCUGUGACACCUACAGCGUCACAAAAUCUAGGUUAUAGAGGACCUGUACCUCCUAACCAAAACAUGCAGCAGCAAUAUUUCCCAUCUCCAGGGAAUCAGUCAAUGAGGCCUUCUCAAGCUCUGCCAGCUAGUUCUGCUUCACUUCCUUAUCAAAGUGGUCCUGGUCUUCCCAAUUUGGGCGUCUCACCUACUGGGCUCCCAAGCUCUGGAUUUUCAAUUCCUAGUCGUCCAAGCUUAGGCAUGUCGACACAUGGUUUUCCAGGUUCGGGAAUGUCGAGUCCUGGCCUUCCGAGCUCAGGCAUGUCGACACCUGGUGUUCCAAAUUCAGGGAUGUCUCCUACUGCCGUUCCAGGUUCAGGAAUGUCAGCUACUGGUCUUCCAAACUCUGGUGUGUCAAACAAUUGGAUGGGUGGAAACAUGAGCGGAGCUCCAUAUGGACACAUGUCUCAGAUCCCUAAUAAGGGGACUAUUCCAUCUACACCACAAAAUACAAUAGUGGUCUCCCAAGCUGCAAACAACAAUUUUAAAGCAACUAAUACUUCCGUGGAUGGGUUUUCUUCCAAUUCAGUAGCUGGAAGUGACCCUUUUUCUGCUUUUUCAAUGACUAAAUCAGGUGCUUCUCCAGCGACAUCUUCAGUGGCAACUUUACCGACCUCCUCCGCUAUUGUUCCUGUUUCUGCUUCAUCUCCAGCAUCCUCUGUUCCAACUUCAUCGGCUAUUGUUCCUGUAACUGUGUCUCAGCCUCCAUUAAGAUCAAGCUCUCUUGACUCGCUACAAAGUGCCUUUGUGAAGCAACCUCUGGGUGGUCAGACACAGCAGCCACAUGGUUUCUCAAAUCUGUCUCAGUCUGUACCUCAAGUCUCUUCUUCCGGUGUUUCACCUGGACCUGGUGAUUCUACAUUAGAACAAUCCCAGCCAUCAUGGCCAAAAAUGACAACUCCUGGUAUACAGAAGUAUACCAAGGUAUUCAUGGAGGUGGACACUGAUCGAGAUGGAAAAAUCACUGGUGAGCAGGCACGCAAUCUAUUCCUGAGCUGGAGACUACCAAGAGAGGUUUUAAAGCAGGUGUGGGACUUAGCUGACCAGGACAACGACAGCAUGCUUUCACUAAGAGAGUUCUGUAUUGCCCUAUAUUUAAUGGAGCGAUAUAGAGAAGGGCGUUCUCUUCCGACUUCACUUCCCAAUAGCAUUAUGUUUGAUGAAACUCUCAUGCGGAUGACAGGUAUUCCAAAUUCAUCGCAUGGUAAUGCAGGAUGGGGAGCAACAUCUGGUACUGGUUACAGGCCAGUGCAUGGAAUUCCAGGUUCCCAACCUGUGGCUCCUACAGCUGGUCCAAGACCAGUCAUGCAGUCAGCACCCCAGCCCAAUGCAAAAAUACAAUUCCAGCAGCCAAAAUCAAAAACAUCUGUCUUAGAUAAUUCCCAAGCAUUUCAACUCACUGACGGCGAGCAGAAUGUGCUGCAAUCAAGUCCUCCGGGAAUCAUUGAUGCAGAAAAUAAGGUUGGAAAGGUGGAGAAGGUAAUUUUGGAUUCUAGGGAAAAGCUCGAGUUCUAUCGUACAAAAAUGCAGGAACUUGUUUUAUACAAAAGCCGAUGUGAUAAUCGACUGAAUGAGAUAAUUGAGAGGGCAUCUGCAGACAAGCGUGAGGCUGAUCUACUGGGUAAAAAAUAUGAAGAAAAAUAUAAGCAAGUAGCAGAAAUAGCCUCAAAGUUAACUAUUGAAGAGGCUAAAUUUCGAGAAUAUCAGGAGCGAAAAACAGAGUUACAGCAAGCAAUUCUUAACAUGGAACAAGGUGGAAGUGUCGACGGUAUUCUUCAGGUCCGUGCUGAUAGAAUACAGUCAGAUUUUGAGGAGCUCCUGAAGGCUUUGUCUGAACGCUGCAAGAAACAUGGAAUAGAAAUUAAGUCAGCAGCAUUAAUGGAGCUUCCUAAAGGCUGGCAACCUGGGAUUCAAGAAGGAGCUUCUGUCUGGGAUGAAGAAUGGGACAAGUUUGAUGAUGAAGGACUCCUAUUCGAUAAGGAAGUUGGUACAAAUGCACAAAAUGGCAAGCCUUCAUUGUUCGAGAAUGGAACAUACUCUCAUGAUGAUGUACUCAGUCCUGAUUCCUCAUCAAAUGUGGAUGCCAAGUCCGAAUUGCAAUCCAGUAAAGGUGAACGUGCACUUGAUAGUGAAUCUGGAUACGCCUAUAGUGAAGAUGAUUCUGCAAGAAGCCCACAUGGAAGCCCAGCACACCGUGCCACACUGGAAAGCCCGUCACAGGAUUUUUCAGAUAUUUUUGCAAGGAGCGAGGCAGAUACAGAUUUCCAUCGAAGCUUUGAUGACCAGGGUUGGGGAAAUUUUGAUGGUACCGAUGAUGCCGACUCAGUUUGGGGAUUUAAUUCUAAGGACCAGCAUGGUGACCGCAUGUUUGAAUCCAGUGGCUUCGGUUUAAGUCCUAGAACAGAUUCACCACAAGGAGACAGCAGUUACGACAAACGAAGUCCAUUCAAUUUUGCAGACUCUGUGCCAGGAACACCAUCAUUUUCCAAGUCUGGUAACUCUCCAAGAUAUAGUGAGGCAGGGGACGGCUUCUUUGACAAUUAUUCGAGGUUUGAUUCCUUCAGCGUGAAUGAAAGUAACAGAUUUUCUCCACCACACGAGACCCUUACGAGGUUUGACUCCAUAAGUAGCAGCCGAAGUGGGUUUGGUGGCCAUAAUAGAGGAUUCACUUCUUUUGAUGAUGCAGAUCCCUUUGGGUCCUCCGGGCCCUUUAAGGUCUCCUCUGAAACACCAAAAAAAAGUUCUGAUAAUUGGAGUUCAUUCUAGUUCCAUCUUCCAUCAGGUUACUACAAUCAUCUCUCUUCUCGGAGUAAAGUGAUAAUAUAUAGUCCAUUUUCUCGUGUGCUUGUAUAGCAAAAAGAUUAAUAUGGUGUUGUAAAUUGUUUAUUUUCGUAUUUGUUCCUUUGUAAUUGCAUUGUAGACUCGAGCAAUUUUUGUUUUCUCCUGCCAAACGAGCGGAAAACAUUGUGCAUGUUUGAAUUUGUGAAUUAUGUGUGCUCUCUCCCUCUUUGUAAAGAAGUGAGAGUAUAGGAUCAUAGGUAAGGUAGAUAAAGAAACACCAUUGGAUUUAUUUGGUCCGUGAUACAUCUUCGAAAAGCUGAAUGUAUUGAAUUCUUUGCUUUA